AACACAACGUUCCAAAUCAGAACGUUGGAGGCCCGAACGUUCGCGCGAAGCCAUGGCGGUCAAGAUCAAGGUGGUUUAUUGUGGAGCCUGAGGCUACAAACCCAAGUUUCAACAGCUGAAGAAGGAACUUGAAAAAGAGUUUCCUGGGAAGCUGGAAAUUAGUGGCGAAGGGACUCCACAAGUCACAGGAUGGUUUGAAGUGAUGGUAGCCGGGAAAAUGGUGCACUCCAAAAAGAAUGGAGAUGGCUUUGUGGACGAUGAUGCCAAACUCAGCAAGAUAAUUAAGGCCAUCAAAGCAGCUUUGGCAUGAGGACCACUUUAGGCGUGGGCUAGCAGCUGAAAACGCAAGAGCUCAAGAAAAAAAUCUGUUUUGUUCAUCUUGGCAAAUCGCUCAAUGACGGGAGCUGCUGAAAUGUUGCUUGACACCUGGCAGUUCCCUGAAAGUUUUGCGCUGGAUGCCAACUUGAUCAAGACCGGAUGGAAGAACUUGUGCUCUAAUUCAGUGUCUGGGUGUGAAUUAAGUCUGCAACUCCUAACCCUUCUGCCUUCUUUUUUUCAUUGAAUGCUGCAUGCAAAUACGGCUUUCUUUGUGGUUUUUUUUAAAAAAAAUACUUGCAUUAUUGGCCAAAAGGAUUACUGAAAAAUAGGAAGAGUUGGAAGAUUCAUCAAAUGUUUGCUUUCAUUGUACACAAACGCUUCCAAUACAUGACGAAACCAGAUGCAAAAAAGCCCUUUGUCUUGAACUACAAUUUUAAAAUCCUAAAACAUCCUGAAAACAUGCAUUCUUCUUUCUUUCCCACUGCUAACUUUACUGUUUCAGGAUUGUGUGCUUUAUAUCCACUUCUGACUUCUUUGCUCAAACAUUGUCAAAUGCACUGAACAUUUAAUAAAAUGUUAUUUCCAAGA